UCAAGACGCAUGCCACAUUGCCUCUAUGUGGGCACUUUAACAGAUCUUUCGGGGCUUUUUUUCCCAGUAAGGGGGCUGUGGAGGGAGGACUUUUUUUUAUUUUCAUUGUCCGAUGACUGUUUGCACGGCUGAUUAUUGAGUUGAUUGUUUAUUAUUUUUGGCUGUUGUCGCUCGCCGCCCUGCGCGUUUUUUCCUCCCUUUUUGGAAUCGGCGAACUGUCGCGCGCUCACCAAUGUCCUAUCCUCAGGGUUACCUCUACCAGCCCCCGGGCUCUCUGGCUCUUUAUUCGUGUCCGGCUUACGGGGCCUCGGCUCUGGCUGCCCCACAUGAAGACUUGGCGAGGUCGUCCUCUGGCUCAGCCUUCAGUCCUUACCCUGGAUCGGCUGCUUUCUCCGCCUCGGCCGGUGCAGGCUUCUCCAGUCCACUGUCAUACUCCACGGAUCCAACCACUGGAUUCCCAUCCUACAUGAGCUCUCCAUAUGACGCGCACACGUCGGGCAUGGCCGGGGCAUUAAGUUACCACCCAUACGGGAGUCCAGGGUACCCCUACACACUCAACGACCCGGCUUACCGCAAAAACGCCACCAGGGACGCCACGGCCACCCUGAAGGCCUGGCUGCAGGAGCACAGGAAGAACCCGUAUCCGACGAAAGGGGAGAAGAUCAUGUUGGCCAUCAUCACCAAGAUGACCCUGACGCAGGUCUCCACAUGGUUCGCCAACGCCAGACGGAGGCUCAAGAAGGAGAACAAGAUGACCUGGGCGCCUAGGAAUAAGAGCGAAGACGAGGACGAGGAGGACGGGGACGGAGAGAGGAAAGAAGUGGAGCGCUCUGACAAAACGCUGGAUAACAGCGAGGCUUCAGCGGAGGAUGAAGGUAUCAGCUUGCACGUCGACACUCUGACAGACCACUCCUGCUCGGCAGAGUCUGACGGGGAGAAGGUCAGCUGUCGUGGGGGAGAGCUGGGCUCUCAUCGGGCCGGCGACAAAUGUGACGAGGACGGCGAGGAUCAGAACCACGACCUGCGGGCUCAGCUCUCGCCCACAUCUGUCACAUCGUCACCUCUAACGGGAGUAGAAGCUCCACUGCUCAGUCAUCACCACCACCACCUCCAUCAUCUCCACCAUCUCCACAACCAGCGCGAGGAUUUGGCCCGGAGCCUCGUCAAUAUCAACACUAUUAAUACCAAUAAAUCGUCUUCAUGCCUUGAUAGCAGACCUUCUUUGGGGGCGCCCCAGAACCCUACAGUCAAGCCCAAAUUGUGGUCACUGGCGGAAAUUGCUACCUCGGACCAAAAGCAGCAACAUCAGCAACUGGGGCAGCCUGGGCAACCACAUUGCCCCUCCUCCAGCGGUGGCCUCCUUACCCCCCCUACGUCUUCCACCACCUCCCCGGCUGCCAGUUCCCCCUCCCUCUACUCAGCCCCCUCCAUCCUUGGAAGACCUAUUUAUUACACUUCUCCCUUUUAUAGCAAUUAUACAAACUAUGGCAACUUCAGCCCCCUGCAGGGCCAAGGGAUCCUGCGGUAUACUAAUUCAUCUGGAGUGAGUCUGGCUGCUGCCGCCGCCGCCGCCGCCGCUGCUGCUGCUGCUGCUGCAAACGAGGGUCUGAGCUCCUCUCACCAGGCUGUGGAGACGAGCACAAACCCCAAACACAGGCCAGACUCUCCCCUCGUUAAAAAUAACCCAAACCAGAUUGUUGUUGUCGAUCAGCAACAACAGCUUUUCAGACCUGCAAAUUUAGAAGCAAAGAAAGGUACGUAAUACCACGAUCCGGCUGUUAAAAACAAAUAAUAACCAUUUGGGAAAAUUUAUUUAAUCUGGUGUUGAAUCUUGAGAUUGUAAUUUUCUUAAACGUGGGAGUGAAACUACUCCACGGCGGAAGUAAAAGGAGUUCACUUGUUUGCAAUGCAAAUCAACUGGUUUCAUGUUGUGUCACUUUCUUGUGUCAUAGUAGUCAAACCAUGUGAUGCUGGCUGUUUCAAGAAAUUACGACUUUAUUUUUCAAGCGACCUUGCAUGAGAUACAAGUGGCAUUAUCUGACACUAUUAGCUGAUUAAGAUCAAUACGAUUGCAGGACUGAAUAUGAGAAUACAUGAUUUAUUAAGAUGGAUAUUUUACAGCGCCGUCUAACCAUACGAACGUGUAUUGUGGCCUAUAAUUCGUUUUCAACGCAAUGCAUUUUCUGGAAUAAUCCAUUUAUAAUUGUUCAACAUUUUUUAACAAUACCUGUAUUUUGGUCACUCACUGAAUCUUUGCAUUAGAAAGCAGUAUGGGUGUCAUAAAAAAGCGUACUGCAAAAAAAAUCUGCAGAAGUACACAUACACAUAUAUAGAGAUAUCUAAAAUACGCCCAUGAAGGACAAGCCUCAAAUCAGCCCAACCACGCGCACUCACGCACACACACAGACACGCGCGUGCACACACACCACACAGUGGCAGCCUGAGAAUCCAAUAAGCGGAGAAAUGUUGCCAUAGCUUUGAGCAGGAAUCCUAUUUUUUUUUUAUGUUUCCUCUGAUGUGUGUGUGUGUGCGCGCGCACGCACAGUGGGCCCCGAACCUUAUCUUUCAGCUUAGGAUAAUUAUAAUUACACAGGGUCAGCCAAAAGCAAACAAAUCAGUUCGUUUGCUCUGUGCAUUCAUUGUGCAUUUUCAACAUCUUCAAAUGUCACUUAGGUUAUUGUGGCGGCUACUUUCCUCGCGCACAUUCAAAGCUUUGCCUACAUGCAGCUGGGUGGACGUUUUCUUCCCCCGGCAAUUAGGCAGUGGGGAUUUUAAUAAGCACUUGCAUUAUAGAGCUGUUUUGGGUAGAGCUAGCCUGGGAUAACUUUGUGUUUCCUGAGGUUGUGGAGGGAGUUGAUUAUUUGAUCGUGUGGGAUUUUUUAUUUCCAUGGUCUGCAGGUAGGUGUCACAAUUGCUUUGACUAUAAAGCGAGUAAGGACACCACCUUUUGGCCCCAUGUUUUAACCCUCAUAACCUUUACUCCAAACAGGAUCUAGUGCCACCAUAUAGUCGGAAUGAAAGCUGCUACCGCUUCCUCAGCUCCACACAGGCUGAGACGCUCUCUACAGCACAUGUUUGUCAGAUUACUAUUGUAUUAUUUCAGUUUUUUGAUGCAUUUGUGGAUACUGAUUUCAUAUGGUUUGAAAAAAAGAUCUCCCAUUAUAUGUGAUUUACAUGUUAUUUCUCAGGUUCCUAUAGUUUGCUUAUUUGCCACGGUAUAUUAUUUUAGUAUAUAUUCACGUGUGGAAAACAUAAUUUGGCCUUUCUGUGAAACCGUAUUUGUAAAAGGAGGACGCAAAGCGGACGGGACUGAAGUGAACUUGAGGACUUCACAGUGGAAUAGCCUACAUUUGAUAUUUAUUUUUUUAAAUGAUGGCGAAAUGAUGCCUAAAAUGUAUGCAAGUUGUAUUGCAAAAAUGGGAAACUGACAUCGUCUGUUUGUUUUGUAAAUAUAUAUAUAUUAUGGACGGUUUUUAUUUGAGACGCAUUUGGGAAAAAGCUACACAAUCUUGUUAUCAGGAGUACUUUUACUAAUUUAUAUCUUUGAAUGUAAAUAAAUAAAACACGCUGGUAUAGAUGUACUGGCGGGGUAUGAUAUCCAUUAUUCAAAGGAGAAAAUAUUAAACUGUUUUCCCAA